AAUAUCACGUUAUUGAGGUCGUUGUUCAACCCGCGGGACAUUGUUAAAGUAGCCCAAUUCCGCGGGAAAACCGCGGACUUGGCAACACUUUCUUAAAAGCAAAAAUAGAUUGCAUUAGCGCCCCUUUUUGUCGGCCGUCAACGUCACUUAAUCUGUUAUUUUUUCUUUUGAUGAUGAACCAGCUUCUCCCUGCCUGGUAACAAGUCAACUAUUCCACGAUUCUGGGAGUGUGUAGUGGCGUCGUUUGCUCUCCAGUCCAGCAGGUGUCAGCGAGGAGUCGCGGAGCCAGAGCAGCGGCGGGUUUGUUUCCUUAGCCGUUAGCAUACGAAGCUCCUGUAAAAGAUGCCCGUGUCUGUCAUGAUGGCUGAAUUUGAUGAAAACCUGCUUUUGCAGUUUGAAACUCAAGAGCUGGAGGCUCCUGGUGGCAUUGCUACGCCUCAAGUGUAUUCCCAGUUACUAGUCCUGUAUCUCCUGAACAAUGACAUGAAUAAUGCCAGAUACCUUUGGAAACGGAUACCACAGGCAAUCAAAACAGCAAACCCAGAGCUGGCUGCUAUUUGGGCCGUAGGACAGCGUAUCUGGCAGAGAGACUUUCCAGGGAUCUACACAGCUAUUGAUGCUUACCAGUGGUCUGAAAGCAUUCUCCCGGUGAUGGAAGCUUUAAGAGAGUCCACCCGUAGGAGAGCAUAUGGUCUAGUAGCGCAAGCGUACACCUCUAUCAGUGCAGAGGACUUUGCUGCCUUUGUGGGAUACUCUGUAGAAGAGGCGGUCAAAGGAGUAGUUAGCCAUGGGUGGCAGGCAGAUCCAAACACCAGGAUGAUCAUGCCACAGAAACCAGAUCCACCUCCAGUCUCUCUGGUUCCAAACGAACAACAGCUGGCCAGACUUACCGACUACGUGGCUUUUCUUGAGAACUGAUAAGCAAUCCACCCUCUUCCAUCAUCUUCCUCACCACCUCUGAGAUACUCAGUUUUACAGAAGAAACCUGUGGUGUCCAGGACCCUUCACACACAUUCAUCUGUCCUGCUUUAGUGAUGGAGCCACCAUCUUUCUUUUGUCUGUUUUGCUCCUUGAACUUGUCAGCCACAGUGAUGUAGAAAAGUUUCCAAACUGUUUUACUUGUACAACUUUUACAUCUACUUUGGAGUAUGACAUUGCUGUCAAUAUUGUAAAUUAUUGUUUUUCAGCAGAAAUGGUUUGCUAUAUGCACAUAUUGUUCAGGCUUUUAAUGCUGUUUUGAUGUUACAGGUCAAAAUUGGAUCCUUAUGUAAUUUCAUAGUAACAAAGACAAUGGUUAAUGAUGGUUAGGACUUCCUUUUACAAAUUGUGUACAAAAUCACUCAUCAGAAUCACCGCAUUUGUCUAGAUGUUUAAAUAAAUUUUUAUCAUAUCAAUUUUGGCACAUCAGACAAAAUGGCUUCUUGCAAUAUUUUAUGCAUUCAGUUAUGGACUAUAUAAACAAUAUUCUCUCUUUGUUGCAGUAAACAAAAUGUUAUCUUUUUAACCACUAAAAAGUUUCCUUAUGUUUUUUGUUAGAGAAUAAUUGGCUUAUGAAAGUUGGUUAUGAGGUAGACUUUGCAAUGAAGGAAUAGCUCAGUUUAUGAUAGCUGGGGAAAAAAAACCUUGUCAUUCUUAGCAAAGGUAUUGUUUACCAGUGCAAACAACCGACAGCUCAAAGCAGCUUAUUUUGGAAGGCGCACAGUUGUAUUUAAGAUGUUUUCCACUGUCUGACAAGUGUUUUGUUGACUGCAUCUCUGUCUGUCUGCUAUUCAGAUGUUUUGCACUGCCACUAGUUUCUCACGGAGAGUGGAUUUGAAAAAGGAGGGGAAGCGUACCAGCUGUUGGUCACUGUCACAUCCUUUCAGCUUGAGAAUAUAAGUGUGAUCCAUAUGCACUGAAACAAUGGGUACAUUAUGGUACUGUGAGAAUGUUAAUCUCAUCCAUUUUACCAUAUGUUUGUCUUUGAAUUUUAUCUUACAUAUUGCAUUUGCUCAUCUUUUUGCAUUUUGAGGUUGCACCAACCUGGUCCUAUCCAGUUUUUGACUUGGCAGAUAUUAUUAUUAUGGACUUGUGUUUAAGUUGAGUGCCCCGAGGUUUAGCGCCUUGCCCAAGGUCACUGGAAAAGAGUUGGCUCUCUGGCACUUGGCAAGUUCACUGUUUUCCCUUAUCUGGCACAAAACCUUCAACUUUUACUUCAGUGCCUGAACUGUUAUGUUUAUACUUAGCGUAUUUCAUUUCUGAAUAUUUUAAAGGAGACACCGUUUCUAAUCCUUUGGACUUCCAACAUAAUCCUGUGCACUUCAGUUUAGACUGUUCUCUAAGACAAAAAAUGUUGUUGUAAUGUUGACAGAUGCCUCAUUUGGUUG